AUGCGACAAUCCGUCGCUUUUCUGGCCUGUUUGGCCGCGCUUUCUAGCGUUUCCCAAGCCUUUUGGCGUCUCCCUUGUCGUGGACGAAGUGGUGUGGCUCGAAUUGACCCCAUAAUGGCCCCUGGGAAACCAUCAGACCAUGUCCAUGUGGUUCACGGAUCAGGAGGUUUCUCUAUGUCAUCGGGCGAGACGGCCCUGAAAAAUGCGGAUUGUACCUCAUGCGGGGUGACUCAAGACAAGUCGGCUUACUGGGCCCCCGCGCUAUACUUCAUGCAUGAGAAUGGCGAUGCUGAGCUUGUCAACGAAGUGGGCGGGAUGCUUGCUUACUACUUCCUGAAUGGACAGAAUGUGACAGCAUUCCCUGAGAACUUCCGUAUGAUUGCCGGCGACCCAUUCCUACGCAACUUCCCUUGGCCAGUUCCCGACCCUCCAAAGUCCGAAUGGUCUGGCAAUCAAUCCUCACAGGACGCUCUUCGCCAGAAAGCCCUUGGUUUCAACUGCUUAAACUACAACAAGUCUCCUGAGCCGUCGCUGGGCCGCCACUUCCUGCCAAACAAGACCUUCCUUGAUGAGCAUUGUACUGAUGGCGUGCGAUUUGAAUUGAUGUUCCCUUCAUGUUGGAACGGCAAAGAUGUUGACUCGGAGGAUCACAGGUCGCACAUGGCCUACCCAUCCCUAGUCAUGGACGGAGUUUGUCCGGAAGGCUUCGAGACCCGCCUUGUUUCGCUCUUCUAUGAAACUAUCUGGGACACCUAUGCGUUCAAAAACAAGCAGGGAACUUUUGUCCUUGCAAACGGUGACCCAACUGGAUACGGCUACCACGGAGACUUCAUCUACGGCUGGCAAUAUGGGUUUCUCCAACAGGCAGUAGAUGAAUGCACCAACCUGUCUGGUCGGGUGGAAGAUUGUCCCAUAUUUGAUCUUCAGACAGAUACCGAGCAGGCUCAGUGUAACUUCACCAUGCCAGAGGAGCUGAAAAGCGAGAACGUAUACCUUCACAAGGGUGGCCUGCCGAAUAACAUCGCCAUUCAGUAUGGACCUGCGUAUGCCAGCCCAGUCCGGUAUACCAACGCUGGCCAUCAUACCUCGGCGAUAUUGCCUGAGCCAAGCAUUGCUAUCGGUGCUUCUCUUAACGGUGCUACUCUUGAUCUCGGAAAUAUUCACAUUGGAUUUUUCCAAACCAGCACGUCAACUACACCAACCAGCACCUGGACACCUACUCCUACCACAUCUUAUGUUGAAGGUGUUGUCACUCAAAAGAUCGUGUACGUUGAGCAGGAGAUCCUCAUCCUCACGGAUGAAAACGGAGCACCUGUCACAACAGAGACGGGUGGAAUCGAGACAGUCUCCACUUCUACAUCUACUGUGAACAAGAUUGUAUCAACAGUCGUGACCACGCCAACCGAGGCCCCUGCUAAGCGUGAUGGUCAUAGCCAUGGGCAUUUCCAGCAUGUCCAUAGGCGUCAUCGUCACGGACAUGCUCAUCGAAGGUGA